AUGCCCAUCCCCAGCGGUGGUGCUUUCGGACAACCUGGUCAACCAUCCUGUUUUCAACGCAUAAAAAUGGGAUUUUUAAUGGGCUUUUGUGUUGGAAUGGCUACUGGAGCCAUAUUCGGUGGUUUUAGUUGUCUACGAUAUGGUUUUCGGGGUCGUGAACUCAUUCAAACCGUCGGAAAAGGCAUGAUUCAAGGAGGUGGAACCUUUGGCAUGUUUAUGGCAAUCGGAACGGCUAUCAGAUGCUAA